GUUUGAAGCGGAAAUCCAGGUGCCUGGGGGCCCCCCACCACCUGGUCGUGGUUUCAUCCUAGGGGCCAAUACCUACGACCGUGUACAGGCCCAGCUGUCUUCACUCAGACAGGAAUCCACAAGACUUCAGCAACAGCAGAUGGGAAGAGUAGAAGAUGAUGAUAAUGAUGAGGAUCUAGAGGAUGAAGACCUUAGGAUGCAGGACAAUGAUUAUGGUGUAGGACAUAAGCGGGGGUAUCCAGACGAUGAAGAGGACAAUGAGUAUUAUGAUAUAGAUGAAAGGCCGGGUAGGCCUCAAGGACCCUUAAUCCCUCCUCCCCCACCUCCUCCGAUAAUACCACAUCGACAUCCACCAUCUCAUGCACCUCAAAUGAUGGGUGAUAUGUCACUAGCAAACAUGUUUGCACCGCCACCGCCCCCUCCACCCGAACCAGAAGAUGGGGAAGAGGUCUCUACACUGUCAUUUAAGCCAUACGCUCCGGGAGAAGGCCCUUGUGUACCUCGGCCAGCGUUCAUGCCACCCCAGUUAAGACAGCGACUACCUCCACCAAAUGCCCGGCCACCCUUUCCUCGGCCUCCCAUGCGCAUGGGUGGGCCUUACGGUGGUCCUAUGGGGCCCCCCAGGCAUAUGAUGGGACCUGGUCCUAACAUGGGGCAGAUGGGCCCAGGCAUGAUGGGACCACAGGGUCACAUGGGUCCUCCUGGACCUCCAAUGGGGAUGCCUGGUGGCCAGCCAAGACCUCCAGGGCUGGAAGGCAGCAUGCCAUUUAUGGGCCCCAUUGACCCUCCACAAAUAAUCAGAAAACCAGCCGUUAUUGAACAGCCUAAGCUUGUAUAUUCUGCUGCCCCGGUCAUUAACAUUGACAGAAAAACAGAAGGAAAAAAGAAGAAAAAGAAAAAAGGAAAAUCCGAAACUGAUGCCACUGAUAGCAAAGCAAAAGAUCCUGUCAGUUCCAAUUCUACAAGUCAGCCCUCCCACACAACAGCUGAGGAGGAAAAACCUCCCGCUGCAGUUGAGGCUGUUCCUGACCCUCCCAUGAUGACUGGGAUGAUGGGAGGAAUCAACUUGAACCCUGCUGUUCCUGGGAACGUGCCAGGGAACCCGGCUAAUCCUACAGGAAAAAAGGAGAAGAAAAAGAAAGAGAAGAAAUUUAUACGUCUUGCUGCAAAUACAACUUGGGAGGAUCCAACUCUAGCAGAAUGGCAGCAAGACGACUUCAGGAUGUUCUGUGGUGACCUGGGAAAUGAAGUGACAGAUGAGACUUUGGUGAGGGCAUUCAACAAGUACCCAAGUUUUCUCAAGGCUAAAGUUGUGAGAGACAGACGAACCAACAAGACAAAAGGUUAUGGCUUUGUCAGCUUUAAGGAUCCUGUAGAUUUUACAAGAGCUAUGAGAGAAAUGAAUGGUAAAUAUGUGGGUAACCGACCAAUCAAAUUGAGAAAGAGUAACUGGAAAGACAGAAAUAUUGAAGUAGUGAGGAAGAAAGAUAAAGAAAAGAAAAGAUUAGGACUCAAAUAAUGUUGUUAUGUGUUUAGAGUGAAUGGAAAUAUAGUUUGUGCAUCAUUAGUUGUUUUUUCUAAAUGCAUUGGUAAUAUGUGAACAAGUUGUUUUUUCUAAAUGCAUUGGUAAUGUAUGAACAACUUGUUUUACAGUGUGCAUGUAACUUGUACUGUUUAGCCUAAAACAACCAUAAGAAAAUAUCCUUAUUGGGAUAGAGUAAUUAUCUGUUUAAGGGAAAAACAUGUGGAUUCCAUCAGAUAAAUAAAAAAUAUCUUCAGUGAAGGUAUUUCAUUAGCAUUAUUAUAAAAAUACUUGGAUAUUACAUAAGAAAUUAAUUCUUACUCAUCUGAAAAUUUUUUUAGAUUUAAUUAAUUCAAUGAUAGUUUAUGCAGUAUUGUUGAUGGAAAUGUGCUUUUUGUUUUUAAAAAAAAUAAAUUUCUAAGACUCUGGUUUUGGUAUGCUUUGCUUUUUUGGGAAGCAGAUUUGGUUGAUUAAUACGCUACUUUUAAAACUUUUGCUAGGUAUAAAUAAUUUCACAAGAACUAAAGAAACAAUAAAACUUUAUGAUAAGUUAGUUCCUAUCAUCUUUCAAGGUUCAUAAUGGAUUCUAACAUUGGUCAUAUUUAGUCCUACAUUGCUGUUUCUAUAGAUGUGUAUCUAUUGGAAACAGUCACAAAUGUCAAUGUAAUGUGUAAGGGCAGAAAGUGACCUGAUAACUUCAAACAUGGUGACUCUCUUAUGUUAUUAACAUAUUUUCCAGUGUGUAAUAUGUAAUUAAGAUGACCAAUUUGUUUAAAACUAUUCCCCCAUCACCAUGACCAUUUUCAAAUUUUCAGCUAAGUUAUUGAGAGAUAUACAAACUCUGUGUUAAUGACACCCCAUGUAUAAGACGACAGCUAGCUUUGAGAUUUUUGUUGGUUAAAUAGUCCUCUUAUACACCUAAAAUACUGUUAGUGUAUUUUUUUAAUUACAAUUUAUGAAAAAGGUGAAAUAUAUGUUAUGUAAAUUAUGUAAAACUUACUAAUUAUCUGUCAUAUUAAUUAGGUGUAAUGAAAUAGUUUUAUAUGUCUUUGUAUAAAUGAUUUGUGUAAAUGAUGUAAACUUGUGAACCUACCUAAUUAGUAGAUGUCACUUGUCGGUGUCAUUUGAGUGCCAGUGUUGAAAAUAUGCCAUCAUAUUUCAUUGAAUGUUGCUGUAUUAUAAUCACAUUAAAAUGUGUUCAUUCAUUU